UGAGGCAGAAGAUGGAGCAGCAGGAGCGUGAAAUGAGGGCGAGGCUCCAGCGGGAGCAGGACACAUGGACAGGCAUUAUGCGGGAGCAGGAAAUUAGAGAUAAGAUCCAGCAGCAGAGGAUCCGGCAGGAGAGAAUAGAGAGGUUUGAGAGGAUUCUGUCGGAGAGGUUGGCGCUGGAGAUGAGGGAGAGGUUAGACCGAGAGGAGAGGGAGAAGUUGGAGGAGGAGCUGAGUGAGUGGAUGGAGCGGGAGCUAAAGGAGUCAAUAGAGCGGGAGCUGAGGGAGCUUGUGCAGGGACCGGGGCUAACCUCACAGGAUCCUGCAGAGAGGGAAAGGGUGGAUAAGGAGCUGCAGGAAAGGGUGGAGCAAAAAAUGAGGGACAAGAUGAAACAGGAGCUGAAAGAGAGGAUAGAGCGGGAGCAGAGGGAGAGAAAGGAACAAAAGGAACGGGAGCUGAGAGAGAAGCAGCUAAAGAGUCUGGGUUAUUUUGCGCUGGGAUUUGUUUUGAUGGGCUCAGCUGUUCUGUAUGCAGUGUUUAUCUAGAUUAACUAGGGGGCAAAGUGCAUGAAGAAACUUUAAAGCCCCCAACCCCAGCCAAGCUCAGACUGCACGCCCCGGCAGUGCUCUCUUGCAUUUUAUGGCGUUUGCUACGACGCUGAAGUUAGCUUCUUAUUCGCCAAGGUCUUAAGCAGAUUUCCGUUCCACAUUAAAUGCUGAAGGCUGCUAAAGGUUGAACAUAAAUGCGGCCGCCUAAAGAUAGUAAAGCGCUGUGCAAACGCUCUAAAUAAAGGGGGAGAACACAAUGCGAGGGACAAAGUUUAAUUCUGAGUGGGAUAUAAUGAAAAUAAAAUGAGAUGACAUGAAUUAAAACGUUAUUGCUUUCACUUUUGGCCUAAUCGUCUCACAAAAAUGACUAUCAGACCUAAUACCCAGUACCCCACACCUCUCAAAAUCCUGAAGAAGAACAAAUAUUACUGUGGAUUUUAUCCAUAAUGACCCAGUGAACAUAGCAUGAAACAUAAUAUAAUGAACGGUGAAAUAGCACUUUUUCGCCUAAUUCCAAGACCAUUAUCUCUUCAGUCUUAAGUUGUCUCACAAAAAAGCGGGAACACCCAAUACCCCAGACAAAAAAAAGCGGGAACACCCAAUACCCCAGACAAAAAAAAGCGGGAAUGCCCAAUACCCCAGACAGACAAAAUCAUGAAGAAGGAAAACAAUAUUGUGGGAUUUUCACAUAAUGACCCAGUGAACAUAGCAUGUAAUGUAAUAUAAUGAAUGGUGAAAUAGCACUUUUCACCUAAUUCCAAUAUCAUUAUCUCUUCAGUCUUAAAACGUCUAAAAAAAAUCACUAUUAGACCUAAUAUCCAGUACCCCACACUGUCAAAAUCCUGAAGAAGAAAAAAUAUUACUGUUUUUUUCCGUAAUGACCCAGUGAACAAAGCAUGUAAUAUAAUAGAGUGAAUAGGCAAAUUGCACUUUUCACCUAAUUCUAAGACCAUUAUCUCUUCAGUCUUAAAUCGUCUCACAAACAUGACUAUGAGACCUAAUACCUAGUACACCACACUGUCAAAAUCCUGAAGAAGAACAAAUAUUACUGUGGAUUUUUUUCCAUAAUGACCCAGUGAACAUAGCAUGUAACAUAAUAUAAUGAACGGUGAAAUAAUCAGACCUAAAACCCAGUACCCCACACUGUCAAAAUCCUAAAGAAGAACAAAUAUUAAUGUUUUUUCCGUAAUGCCCUGUGAACAAAGCAUGUAAUAUAAUAUAAUGCAUGGUGAAAUAGCACUUUCCGCGUAAUUCUAAGACCAUUAUCUCUUCAGUCUUAAAUCAUCUCACAAAAAUGACUAUUAGACCCAAUACCCCACACUGUCAAAAUCCUAAAGGACAAAUAUUACUGUGGAAUCUUCCAUAAUGACCAUGUGAACAUAACAUGUAAUAUAAUAGAGUGAAUAGGCAAAUUGCACUUUUCCCCUAAUUCUAAGACCAUUAUCUCUUCAGUCUUAAAUCGUCUCACAAACAUGACUAUGAGACCUAAUACCCGAUACCCCACACUUUCAAUAUCCUGAAGAAGGACAAAUAUUACAAACAGUACUUUAGACAGUCUACUCAUUCUCCUCAUUAAGAUUUCAUGUUGUCACCUUUGGCUUCUAAAUUAUGAUGUGAUUCAGUUGCACACCUUAAAUGUCUUUUUAUCUCAUUAUUAUAUUAAUGUUAAUAGACUUUUACAUUUCUACAGAAUAAGAAAUUCACUUCAGAAGUUCAGAGUGAAUUUACCCAUCAUACUAUAUAUAAUUAUAUGUUAAGAUAGUUUAGCGUUAUUUUCUAAAUUUGAAAGCAUACAUUAAUUUAGUGUCAAACUGUAAAACCCAAAGAUUUUUUUUACAAUGUGUGAUUGUUUGAUAUCAGGCUGUUGACUGAAUAACUGCUUGUUCUCUUUCCUAUAAUGUUUAAUCCUGUUUAUUAAUUUGUCUGUACCAAAAGAGAUGAUGCUUGCUCCAACAGAUUUUUGGAUAUCUAAAGAAAUCACACACCAAACUUUAGCCUCCUCAGUAAAUACAGGAUCAUUGUGAGAAAAAUCAACAGUAAUA